UCACUCGAACCUCACACGCCCAACUAUGAACGCCAAGGUCCUUCUUCUGGUCAGUCUGGCAGCCGUCGUUGCCGCAGACAGCCGUGAGAUUUACCGCCCACCUCAGGAAACCUCCGAGUCUUCCGAGGAAUCCUACGAGUCUUCGGAAGCCAAAUACAGCUUCAACUGGGCCGUCAGCGAUGACUCCUCAAGCAACGAGUUCGGACACCAGGAGGCCCGUGACGGCGACGACACCCAGGGAUCCUACUACGUGCAGCUCCCCGACGGCCGCCUGCAGACCGUCAAGUACUUCGUGGACGGCGACUCCGGCUACGUGGCUGAGGUCAACUACGAGGGCGAAGUCUCCGACGAGUCUAACUCUUCUGAGUCUGAAGAGGAUACAUCACGAUACGAGUCCUAGUGAAGAAAAAAAUAUGUAUAUUUAUUGACUGCUAUUUUUCUUUGUUUUAAAUACAUGUAUAAGAAGAAAA